AAAACAAAGUUUUGUAAACAUAAAACUUACUUAAAUUAAACAAUAAAUAUUAAAAAAUGAGCAUCGACGUUUAUUAUCUCCUGGUUAUUUUAGGCACAUUAGUCUUAGCUUGUUUACUUCUAUAUUGUUUAGCUUCAAGAAAAGUUUUCAAAUUUAAUAGGCAUAGUUUCCCCCUUAGGAGUGGUAUUGCUGUUAUUACCGCGCACCCAGAUGAUGAAUGCAUGUUCUUUGCACCAGCUUUGCUUGAAUUAUCCGAGACAUGCAACGUUCAUAUACUUUGUGCAACAACUGGUGACUAUUACAAACAAGGAUUCCUUCGUAAAAAUGAGUUAAUAAAUAGUUGCCAGAUUCUUGGAAUAGAUAAAGAAAAUGUCAAGAUAUUGGAUGAUAGCUCAUUUCCUGAUGAUCCUAAAGCAGUUUGGGAUUUAAAGAAACUGAGUGUUGAAAUAAAAUCUUUUAUUGCAAAAAUCCAACCCCAUUGUAUUUUGACAUUUGAUUUAAAAGGAGUCAGCCAUCAUCCAAACCAUAUAGCCAUCUCACAGUUAGUAAGAACUAUUUACAGUACUGAAAAGAAAAUAAAGGUUUAUGAAUUGGAGAGUGUUCCUUUGGUCAGAAAGUACUGUGGCAUUUUUGAUUUACCUUUAAGCUUAGCUUCAGGUCAACUGAUGUUUGUUUCCUCUCUGUCAAACAUAUUGAAAGCUCAGCGUGCCAUGAUUGCCCACAAAACCCAGUUGGUGUGGUUCAGAAUACUGUACAUAAUUUUCUCUCGUUAUAUGGUGAUCAACACAUUUACAUUGGUAAAGCCUUGAUGCUAAACUUGCUGCCUUUAUUAUUUGUACAAAUAUUACUUGCAAAAUGUUGUAAAUAAAAGGAACAAAAAGAAACAACC